AUGGUGGUCUGUGCAGAUCAUCAUCACAAAUCUUUGUAUGGUGUGACUCCUGCUUGUGACUCUGGUGUGUUUAUCUGCCCUCUGGAUUCACAUAAAAGGAAUAGCUCAAAUGUCGUCCUUCAGAGAGAGUAUUGUACCAAGGAACAGCAAGAGCAUGAUGGUCACCGACAGGGCCUCUUGCAGAAAACCAAGACAUCACGCAAGAAUCGGGAGCCGCACAGUAGUGAUGGAAGUCAGUUUACAGCUGAAAAUGUGCCACUUGCAAGUGCGACAGUCAAUCCACUCAGUUUGAAGCCUCGGUUCACCAAGAUGUUAAUGGGUGUUUAUGAGACUACAUACAUGGACCAGAAUGUCUCUGAUGAUGAGUACUCUCACAAGGAUGUAGGCCGCUAUCUGUCAUCUUCCAACAAUGAGUGUAAUAUGCCACUCAACCGCAAAUGGAAAUGCAAUGCAGAAGACCUAUCUGAGGAUUCUCCUUCCCCACAGCACCAUGACCAGUUGUUCCCAUGCAAGAUAUGCAAGAGCAAAGGAUGUGUGGCAGCUCGUGAUUAUGAAGUUGCAGUCCAGCAACUUAUCAAGUUUACAAUUGGAGACUUUUGUGGAUGGCUUGCAUCUCAGUAUGCUUAUCCAGAUUGCAUGACUCAAGUAUCAUGGGUGAAAGAAGCUUGGAAGGAGGCCUGUGUCUCUCUCAACAUUGAGAUAGGAUUCAAUAGUGAGAUCAUCCAGAUAAUUACCCAUCACACAUUGCAUCUCACAAGUGAGGUGAAAGCCAAGCUUCGACCUCUUGUGGAGAGCAUUUACAGGAUAAGUUUGGACUAUGUUACCAUAUUAGUUUUAAAGGACCUUGGAGACAGAAAGAGCAAGAACCCUCGCAGUGGCCUCUUUCGAACAAGAUUGAAUCAAAAGGGUGCCAAUUUGAUCUGGUACCAGAAUGAGAGGGACAAAGGGAUCAUGUUUGAUAAGCAGAAUGCUGUAUUGAUGAAUGGGCUGAUGGCGAGUGGACCGAUAUCAGUUUUUCAGGCGGAAAUCAAUAAUACUGGCAGAAAACAUGCUAAAGUGGAUUUGAUUGAGGUUGUACAUGGGGACUACCUAUAUGAUCAUAAGAUUGAGCACACAGUUCAGGAAUAUAUGCAGGGAGGCAAUGAUAGGAAUGAGAGUGAUGCUGCGGAGGAGUCUGAUGGUGACAACGAAGGCAAGCAUGAGUAG